AUGUCAUCAGGCCAAAUCCCAUUAGAACUGAUGCCUCAGCAGGCGAGAGCGGGCCCUGGACAUGACUGGACAGGGGUCAGUGAUCGAAAGACUAGGAAGAGGAUGCAAGAUCGGAUCAAUCAACGACUGAAGCCUAUCCAAUCAUCAUCCCAGUCAUCAAUGUCGAUGCUCAAAUCCUUUACCGCCUGCAAACCCGACUGCGAUGAAACUGCGCAAUUCAUCUCCCAAUUCUCCGCAUGGGCACAUCGAGAGUACCUAAGGGGUUUCCCCGAGGCUGAUACGCUACUCAACCUCAUUCAAUUCAAUACCACGAGAGCCCUUGUGUUAAUUGCAAAGUCCAUGGAUCUCAGACAGGAAACCAUGGCACCUGGCGCCCGAUCGCGAUUGCCCAUUGCUGGAAUCGAUACCGUUAUUUUUGACUCAUUACCUCCCAGCUUGCAGCCAACAAAUUUGCAACUCAUCGUCAGUCACCAUCCAUGGGUUGAUAUUAUACCAAUAGCGGGAAUACGUGACAAUAUUCUACUUCGUGACGAAGCCCUCUAUGACAAAGCCGAGCUAUGCCGCGACUUGAGAGGGUUUCAGCAAGUGGUACACGGUCAUGGCGGCAUGAAGACAUGGAAAGACCCAUGGGACCCCGAUGGAUGGGAAUUCACCGAAGCCUUCGCGAUUAAGUGGCCAUGGGUCAUUAGAGGAUGCCACGAACUGCUUGAGAGCACAAAUAACUGGCGAAGAAUGAGGAAUGAAGCGCCUCUGGGAAGCGGGUUCAUAUUCGGCGAACUGGAUACAUAG